UGGCACCUUAUUCACUCUUUUGAUUCGUCUUCGUCCUACCAUAAACUUUGUCGUCUCUCUCUUCUUCCCCGCUAUAAAUUCAUCGGAAAAGAAAGCCGCCAGCGACAGUUCCCUAGCACCUAAUCCUGUCUCUCUCGCGUUUCUUCGGAUCUCCUCUUUAGCUCACCCGCGAUCUCCCUGCCAGCGCCGGAGUCGGGUUUUCUCAGCCUGUUUCGUUCCUUAUCAGAAGUUUUUGUUCCCUGUCUGCCUGAAGAUUGAAGAUGGAGCCCAUGGAUAUUGUUGGCAAGUCAAAAGAGGACGCCUCACUUCCCAAAGCGACUAUGACCAAAAUUAUUAAAGAGAUGUUACCCCCAGAUGUUCGUGUUGCAAGAGAUGCUCAAGACCUUCUGAUUGAGUGUUGUGUAGAGUUCAUAAAUCUCGUAUCAUCGGAGUCCAACGAAGUUUGUAGCAGAGAGGACAGACGGACAAUCGCACCUGAGCAUGUGCUCAAGGCUUUAGAGGUUCUCGGGUUUGGCGAGUACAUUGAAGAAGUUUAUGCUGCAUACGAGCAACACAAGCUUGAGACCAUGCAGGAUUCUUUAAAGGGUGGCGGCAAGGGGAGCAAUGGAGCCGAAAUGACGGAGGAAGAAGCAGUGGCUGAGCAGCAGAGGAUGUUUGCUGAGGCACGUGCCCGAAUGAAUGGUGGGGCCGCUGGUCCCAAGGAACCGGUAACUGACCCAAGUUUAGAGAGCUAACUUUAGGACCUUUUAGUUCCUUGAACCAUAGGCAAGCAUCCUUGACUCUACAUAAAUGCUGCUAAUCUUUUGUAUCGUGUACAGAAAGUCAUUGGCAAGUGCACUGGCCUAUGUGGAUAUGCUCUUUCCUUUUGUACUUUAUAGUCUAUAUAUGGCUCAUAUUUUAUACCUUAAUGGCUUAAUGUAAUUAGUGACAGUUUCGCAGACUCCUUUCGCUUUAAAUCUUAAUAUAUGUAGUGAAUGUUAUUGUCAUUUGCAUUCCA